ACCACCAACGACUCGCUCGCGCAAGAAGCGCGCCAAGCCGCGGAAGACGCCAGCAAGGCGCGCCGCGAGGCGCAGGAGCUGGCGGCGACGGGCAGGGAGCGCGAGCGCGCGCUGCGCCGAAUGGAUGGGGCCGCGGAAGAGAAGGAGCGCGCGUGGCGGGACCGACUGCAGCGCCUUGUGGAGGAGCGCGGAGAUCUCGAGGCUAAGCUGCGGCGCGCGGAGGCGGAGCGGGAGGAGGCGGAAGAACAACUGCGCGCACACAGCGAUUCCCGAAGAAGCGGGAACGGGGAGAGCGCAGGCGCGGGGAGCGCGGAGGAAUUGCGGGAGUUGCGCGCGCGGGUGGAGGAGGGGGAGCGCGAGGUGGAGGAGCUCACGCAGGAGAGCCUGCAGCUGGCGGCGGGGCUGAGCGCAGCGCGGAGAGAUGUGGCGGAGCGGGAAGCGCGGAUCAAGGAGCUUCAGGUGCAGGUUAGCGUGCUGCAGCGGUGGGAGAGGCGCGAGGAGCGGCGGGGUAAGGGCGGAGACGACUGGGGGAUGCGGCGGAGAGAGGAGGGCGGAGUGGAUGAGAGCGGGGAAUCCGCGGAGCAGGUGGAGCAGAUGCAGCAGCAGCUGCGGCGGCAGGAAGAGCAGGCGCAAGAGGCGGAAGCGCAAGCGCGGCGACUGGAGGAGCAGUGCGCGGAGCUGGAAGAGGCAGCGCAGCGUGGCAGAGAGCGGGCGGAGGAGGCGGAGAAACGCGCGGAGCAGUUGGCGCAGCAGGUGGCGGACGCGGAGAGGGCCGUGCGCGAGGCAGAGGAGGCGCAGAGGCGCGCGGAGGGGCAGGCGCGACUGGCGGAAAUGAGCGCGGAAAGGCUAGGCAACCGCGUGCGCGCGUUGACGCCCCUAGAAUCGCGCGUGGGGGAGCUGGAAGAGGAGCUGCGCGUGGGGAUGGAGCGCGUGCGCGUGCAGGAGAGGGUCAAGGGGGAGGCGGAGGCGCGCGCGCGGCAGCAGGCAGCGCUGCUGGCGGAGGUGCGGGAGGAGCUCGAGGGGGAGGUGCGGCGGCUGGGGAACCAGGUGGAGGGGCUGCAGCAGCGGUGCAGAGCGGUGCAGGGGGAGAAAGAGAGUCUGGAGGCGGAGAGGGACAGAUUGGAAGGGGAGGUGAAGCAGGCGCGCGCAGCAGCGCUGGCGCAAGCAGGCAAGGCGGAAGCGGAGGCGAAGCGCGCAUGGGGGGAGGUAGAAUCGAUGAGGAGGGCGGUUGAGUCUCUGGAGAGGGGGAAGCGGGAGGCGGAGGAGGAGGCGAAGGGCGCGCGGGAUGCGCGGAGAGCGGCGGACGUGAGAGAAGAAGAGCUGUCAGUGCAGUUAGCGUCGCUGCGGGAAGUGCUGCAGGAGCAGGCGGAGCGGGCGGAGAGCGCGGAGGCGGGGCGGAAGGCGCAGCAGGCGCAAGCGGAGGCGGAAGCGGAGAGGGGCAAGGCGGAGAAGCUGCAGCAGGAGGUCCAGGGGCUGGCGGGGGAGGUGGCGCGGUUACAGGGGGAGGCGGAGCAGGCGCGGAGGGAGCAGGAGGAACGGUGCGCGGAGCAGCAGCAGGUGGCGGAGGGCAGGGAGAGGCAACGGCGGGAGGCGGAAGGCAGGGCAGCACGACUGGAAGAAGCGCUGAGGACGGUGGAAGAGGAGCUAGCGCAUAGCCUGGCGCAGAGACGACACGUGCAAGAGAGAGAGGUCCAGCUGGAGGCUGAGGUGGCAGCGCUGACUGGGAAUGCCGCCAGGCUGGCGACAGCUGUGCGGGCAGCAGAGGAGAGGAUGAGGGAGAGCGUGGAGAGGGUGAGGGGGGAGAAGAGGGAGGUGGAGGAGAGGGUGGUUGAGGUGGAGGCGGAGAGGAGACGGCUGGAAAGGGAAGUGGAGCGGCUGAGGGGGAGGGAUGCGGGUGCCGGUGGUGCGCGAGGGGAGGAGGGUAAGGCAGAGGGGAGAGCAGGGGGAGGGGAGCAGGAGGCACGGGAGAUGGCAGGGAGUGGAGUGGAGCAGGAGCUGUGGGCACGGCUGGAUGUGCUGCUGGGUGAGAAGGAGGAGGCGGUGCAGCGGGCUAUACGCGUAGAGGAGGGGUUCAGGCGCGAGAGGGCUGCAUGGGAAGCAGAAAGGGAGGAGGUGAGGGGCGAGGCGGAGAGGAUGAGAGGAGAGGUGGAGACAGCGAGGGCGGAGGCGGAGCGGGCGAAGAGAGAGGUGGAGAGGGUUGAAGGGGAGCUGAGUAAGGUGAGGGUGGGUGCUGGUGGUGGUGCUGCUGCAGUGGGAGGGGAGGGGGGUGGUGGUGGAGGAGAGAAGGGGGUGGGAGAGGGGCCGGCGAGGAGGCUGAUGAGUCAGAUGCAGCGGUGGAGCUGGGUUAGUACCGGUGCUGCCACUGCUGCUGCCACUGGUGUGGCGACAGGUACCAGCACUGGCGAUGGCAGCACAGCCGACAAGGCAGGCAGGAGUGACAUUGAGACUGACAACAACCAGCAGCAGCAGCAGCAGCAGCAAAAGAGGGCGGAUUCGAAAGAGGGAGGCUCGGAUGGUAGCAGCAGCAGCGUGUGGGAGGAGAAGGUGCAGAAAUUGCACGCAGAGGUGGAGCGGUUGAAGGCAGAGGUGCAGGCAGAGCGAGCUGCGAGGCAAGCCAGCGAGCAGCGGACUGAUGAGUACACGAAACGGGUGCGGGAGCUUGAGACCCAGCUGCAGUCCGCCAGGCAGCAAGCAGCAGAGGCGGAGAGGAGAGCAGAGAGGCACGCAGAGGAGAUCCCAGUGCUGCGAGCCGAGCAGGCGGCGCUGCGGCGGCAGGUGGAGGAGGCGAGGAAGCAAGCAGCAGGCGUGGAGAAGGCCCGACUGGAGCUGGAAACAGAGCAGCGGAGGCUGGCACAGCAGCAGCAGGGCGCGGGCGCAGGCGGAGGAGACAAGAAGAAAGAGUUUGAGAAGCUGCGAGGGGAGCUGAUUAAAGAGAGGUUGGAGAAGCAGGUGGUGGAGGAGCGGCGUGUGCUGCUGGCGGGGCGGCUGGUAGCCAUGGAGGCUGAGCUGGCAGGCUUGGAGGAGGUUCGGCAGAGGAACGCGAAGCUGGAAGCAGAUGCGGAGACGAUGAGGGUUGCAGCGGAGCAGCUGCAGGCGGCUGUGAAAGCCAUGGAGGAAAAAAUGGCUGCGGCCCAUGGGAAGGAUGGAGGGGUAGAGGGGGGAGUAGGUGGAGCGGUGGUUGACGGUGUGGCGUUGAGAGGGAGUGUGGUGGUUGUGGGUGAGGGGGAUGUGGGAGGGAGUGUGGGUGGUGGGGAGGAGAUGAAAGGGGGUGACGAGGGGUCGGCAUACAGUGGAGAAGGAGGUGGAGGUGCAGGAGGGGCAGGAGGGGCAGGAGGAGCAGGAGCAGGAGGAGGAGCAGGAGGGGGAGCAGGAGGUGCAGGAGGAGGUGAGUCAGGGCGUCAAGACGUGGACUUCUGGAAGAGCUACGGGCUGCCCCAUGGCCGAGUGCCCCAAGGGGGCCGGCUGAGGGAAGAGCGCGUGGCACGGGGCGGCGGAGGUGGUGGUGGGGCAGGUGCGGGAGGAGGUGGUGGGGGAGGAGGGGGCGGAGGAGCAGGGGGAGGAGCACGAGGUAAGGUUGCAUCGGCGUCACCACAGCCAUUUAGAACCCAGCAGCAUGCGCAGGUGCAGGCACAGCAGCGGGUGCGGGCAUCAAGUCCUGUAGUAGGGCGGGCAGGCAGUGGGGGGGGUGGUGGAGGAGGGGCAGGGGGAGCACGAGGGGGUGGGGCGAGUGGGGAGAGUGCGAGGAGGGGCGUGAGUCCCCUGCGUGGCGCCAGCCAGGCCCGCUCUUCCAGUCCUGUGCGCUCUGCUAGCCCUGCGCGCACUGGCAGGCAGUCUGCAGCAGGAACGGGAGCAGGAGCAGCAGGUGUGGCGUUUGGCAGUGCGACUACACGCCAUGCGUCACCUGCACGCACAGCCAGACAGCAGCAGCAGCAGCAGAGUGUGGGGGUGGUGGCAGGGAUGGGGGUGGGAGCAGCAGCGAGGAUAGCUGCAGGCAGGGCAAGUGGAGGAGGCAGUGGGGCAGGGCAUGCAGGAGGGGGAGGCAGCAGUGCGGGUAACCGGCAUGUGGGCAUGAUGGGUGCGUCUCUCUCUCACAGCACUGCCAGCAGCGGUGGUGGCGGUGGCGCCAGCAGCGGUGGCGUUGCAAGCAGCGGCUUGUAUGGGAGCCGAGGGGGAGGGGCGGCUGCGGUUGCAGCAGCAAUGAGGCGGAGCAGUGACCGCAGCAGCAACCAUGCCAUGGCAGCAACACACGCAGAGAGCAGCAGCAGCAGCGGGCAUCACGGCAGUGUGACUGCGAGCGGCGGCGGCAUUGGCAGCGGCACAGUGACUGCCAGCCUGCUGGGUUGCAUGGCGGCAUCAAGCUUGCUGGAUGAGGGCGCAACGAAUCCUCUCUUUGGGGAUGAUGAUGACGAAGAGCGUCUAACUUUGUUUGCAACACAACCCGCGUUCCCUCUGUACGAUGCCAUGUCGCCGACCCCGAUCCACCAAUCACCGUCCACCACCCACGCUCUUCCUAGUCACCGCGCGCACGAUUACCGCGCGCACUUAUCCUGUUCGUCGCCGAAUCUCGCAGCAGCUGCUGUCGAGGCGGCGGCAUCUGCGGCGGCAGCCAGCGGUAUAGGAGCCAGCCGAGUGUUACACGAGCGGUUAUGCCUUCGCAUCGAUGUCGCCAACCAAUCGCUCGCAGGUUUCGCGGAACUACACGUUUCCCUGCCGUCCGCCAAGCUUCCGCUUCUUCCGCCCCGCGAUCCGUCCGCUGCGCCUGAGUCUCCCUCUAGAUCGCAGGCGGCUUCCGCUCCCCCGCUGGUAGGCGCUUCCGGUUCCGCUGGCGUCGCGCGGACGCGCUCAUUGGACGAGUGCGUUGCGCGUGACUUCGGGGGAGCGCGGGUGGGGGCGCAGGCACAGGAGGCGGGGGGAGACCGCGAGAACGCGGGAGAUUUGGGCCCCGCGCUGUGCUUCCACGCGCGCGGAUUACACAUCCGCCACGUGGCAGUCGAUGGCGUGGCCGCGCCGUUCUAUCUGCUGCGUCCCGCCCUCCCGCGAUCUAAGCGCAGGGGGCGCGACGAGGGCGGGGCGGAAAGGCAAGGGGGAAAGCGCAGAUCUUCGGGAGUUAAACGAGCGGAGCGACAACGGGCGGAGAAGGGCGGGGAGAGAGGGCUAGGGCCAGACGUGGAUAUCGAGUUAUCUAGUGGCGGGAGCGACGGUGAUGGUGGCGGCAGCGACGCGGAGAGAACGGUAUCAGGAGCAGGCGCGCGGAUCUCAUCAGGUUCUGCCGUCAAGGAGACAAAGCGGGCGCGCGGAAAGCGUCCGCGCAGGGGCGCAGGCGCAGCGGAGCGGGAAGCGCAAGCGCGGAGGGUGGAAGGGGGCGGAGCAGCGGGCAUGGGGAUGGGGGAGGGGUGGGAUGGGACGGUGGAGGGCGCAGCGGAGAGCGGAUACGCGCAGUACCUGCGGCUCGUGCACGAGGAGCGCGUACCGGAGCUGGUCGUGUGGCUGCCACGUGCUGUGACAGCAGCGCUGCAGGCACAGGCGCAGGCGCAGGCGCAGGCGCAGGCGCAAGCGCAAGCGCAGGCAAACGCGCGGGGAGCGGCAGGGGUUGCAGCAGCAAGCAGCGCGGGCGGGGCAACGAGCACUGGAGACGCGCAAGCAGCAGAGAGCAAGGAGAAGGAGAAGGAGCGAGAGAGGGAGAAGGAGAAGGAGAAAGAGAAGGAGAAAGAGAAAGAGAAGGAGAGAGAGAGGGAGGGAGCAGGAGCAGCAGAGGGCGAGGGCGGGGAAGCAGGAGCGGAGGUGGUGGUGAGAGUGAGAGUGGACUACCAGCUAGCGCCGCAGCAGGCGCCCACCUCACCCCGCACUCCCUUCAGCACCACCACAACCACCAGGAGCAGCAGCAACGGCAGCGGCGGCGGCAGUGGGGGGUGGGGGAGCGGCGGAGUGCAUUUCGCGGGGGGGUGGAUGCACACGGUGCUGGGGGUGCCGCGCAGGGCGCGCUGCUGGAUGCCGUGCGUUGACUCGCCGCGCCACCGCUGCUCCUUCCUCCUCUCCCUCUCCGUCCCCCUGCCCCUCCGCGCCAUCGCCCCCGGCACACUUGUCUCGCUCUCCCCUGGAGGGGGGGAGACUGGGGGGGAAGCUGGCGGGUGCGGACUGUGCGGCCGUGUGGGGGGGAGAGGGGAGGGUGUGGGGAACGGGGCAGGGGAAGGGGGUGAGGAGGGCAAGGGGGAAGGCGAGGGUGGUAAGGUAUGUCCUGCUUGUGGAGCCUCAUCAACGCCCCAACCCACCACCCUCAACUCGCACCCUGUCCCCGCACACACCCCCGUCCCGCUCCCCUCCGCACACCCGCCCCCCUCCUCCCCCCCACUCCACACCUUCACCUACCAGAUGCCUGUACCAAUAGCAGCGCACCAGGUGGCAAUCGCCGUGGGUCCAUUCGUGGAACUCCGGGAUCCGCGCUGCCCCGCGCUGUCCCACUGCUGCAUGCAGCCCGUGCUAGCGUCCGGUGCUCUCGCCCGCACCACCGCCACUAUCGACGCCGCGUUCCGAGUGUUUGAGGACUACAUGGGCUCGCCUUUUCCCUUCCCCUCGCACCGCCUGCUCUUCCUGCCAGAGGCCCACGGCGAACCCGACCCUGCUGUCUCUGCUGCCGCUGCUGCUGCUGAUUCUGCAACAGCGGCAGCAGCAGGGAGAGGCAGUCAGUGCAGUGAUCCGACCCGGAGCAGCAGCAGCAGCGGAAGCAGCGGGGGCAGCAGCAGUAGCCGGCGGUCGCUGUGUCCGCUGGAAGGGCGGUGUGUAUCAGGAGCAGCACUAGUUCUCAUAGACUCCAGCCUCCUAGUCACCGACCGGGACAUUCACACCGCGCUCUCCUCGCGCCUGCGCCUCGUGCGUGCGCUCGCAUCCCAGUGGUUCGGCGCAUUCAUCUCGGCAGAAAGCCCUGCGGACGAGUGGCUCGUGGAGGGCUUGGCAGGGCACCUGGUGCAGGUGUUCGUGCAGCGGUGCCUGGGCGGGAAUGAGGCGAGUUACCGGCGUGUGAAGGCCAAUGAUGCCGUGUGCGCCGCUGAUGUUGACGGCGCUGCUGCGCUGUGCCCGCGCCCGUCGCUCGCUGCUGCUGUCGCUGCGUCGUCUGCUGCCCAUGCUGCUGCGGCUGCUGCUCUUGGGGUCGGGGAGGGGAGAGGCGGAGAGGGCGGAGAGGCCCGGGGAAAAGGGGUGGGAGGAGGAGAAGUAGGGGGAGGAGGGGGAAGAGGAGGAGGGAGAGGAGGGUACGGGGUGGAGGCAGCAGCAGCAGCGGCGUGGAAAGCAUGUGCGUCUCAGUCCUCCUCCCAGCCACUGCAAUCAUCCUCCUCCCAAUCAUCCUCCCAGGCACCACAGCCGUUUGCAGCGCCGUUUGCGCUGCACCCAUCGGAGCUCGUGUCUCUCGACGCAGCAGCGAAGCGGCUGAGAGCCAGCAAGGCAGUGGCAGUGGUAGACAUGCUGGCACGGCAAAUGGGCGCCGAUGCCUUCCGGAAGCUUCUCCAGAGGCUCAUGCUCCGCUCGCAGGCCACCUCCCGGCGGCUCCGCUCGCUAAGCACCGCGCAGUUCCGGCACUUAGCUAACAAAGUCGGGAACUUGGAGAAGCCCUUUUUGAAGGACUUUUUUCCGCGCUGGUUGCACUCUCCGGGGUGCCCGCGCCUGUCGCUCGCGUUUGCAUACGUGCGGCGGCGGAAUGUGAUCGAGCUGGCUGCUAGGAGAGAAGCCACGGCACGGCCUGAUCUCACUGCUCUCUCCUCCUCACCUGACGCUCCUCCCCUGCCCCCCUCCGCCACCGCCGCUGCUGCUGCCGCUGGUGGCGUUGGGAGGGACGGGGGGGCAGGCGGGGAGGGUGGGGGGGCGGGCGCGGGAGGGGAGUUUGGAGGUCUGGUGGACGAGUUGGGAUGGGCGGGGAUGGUGAGCAUUAGAGUGCAGGAACCAGAGGGGCAUUUUGACCACCCGUGCCUGCCGCUGGGCGGCGACAGCUGUCUGCUUCUGGAGCUCCCCUGCCACUCGAAGCUGGCGCUGCGGCGCGUGGCGCAGGCCGGGAAGAAAGGAGCCGGGGGAGGCGCAGGGGGGCCGCCGGGGGCAGGGGAAGAGGAGGCGGGCGCAGGGGCAGACGCGGCGGCAGCAGGAGGGGCAGGAGGAGGGGGAGGAGCGGGAGGUGGAGGUGCGAGCGGGGAGGGGAAGGGCGGGGGAGGAGACAUGCCGGUGCUAUGGAUGAGGGCGGAUCCAGACAGGGAGUAUCUAGCUCACAUGCGCCUCUCCCAACCCGUCCCCAUGUGGACCGCCAUGCUCGCUCGUGACCGAGACGUGACGGCACAGACCGCAGCUGUGGCAGCGCUGCAGGCGGUGGGGGAUGUGGCGGCAGCGAGUGCGCUCUUGGCGUGUCUCUGUGAUGCCUCUGUGUUCUGUCGGGUGCGUGCUGAUGCAGCGCUGGCUCUCGCGCAUUGCUGCACUGCCGCCUCCUUCGCUCCGUCCUCCCCGUCGCCCUCUCUCCCCCCCGCUGCUGCUGCCAACGCGACAGACCUUUCCCCUGCUCUACCGCAGACCCCCCCCGGCACUGCCGGUACCACCACUACCACCACCACCACGACUACUAUCACCAUCGGGACUGGUGGUGGGACCGGCGGUGGCAGCGGCAGCAGCAGCAGUGCUCUCCCAGGGUUGGAGCUCCUGCUACGUUUCUACAAGGACCGGUUCUUCGACCCGCUCACAGGCCUCCCCCGCUGCAACGACUUCACCGACUGGGCGGAGUACUUUGUCCAAAUCUGCAUCCCGGCGGCAGUGGCCUCAGUGAGGGAUGCGCGGGGGUGCUCCCCCGUGGCAGCGGUGUCGUUCCUGCUCUCGCUGCUUCUGCACAAUGAUAACUCGCGCAACGCGUGGGAUGACUCGCACUUUCUCUCUGCGGUCAUCUCUGCCAUUGCGUCGCUGAAACUCUCGCCUGACCACUUCCUUUGCAGAUCUGGCACCGGCAGUGCUGCCGCCGCUGGCGCUCCCCACACGGUACACGCACACGCACACGCACAGGCGGCGCUACAAGGGGAAUGGCGCGCAGCAGGGAUGAGCAUUACCCCCGUGCUGGCAGCCCGAGUGGUGCAGCAGCUGCAGCGCUACCUCUCCUUUGACCGCAUCCUCCCCUCCUCCCUCCGCCGCGUGUCCGCCUCCUGCCUGCACGCCCUCACGCACCUCUCGCUCUCGCUGCCCCCGUCCGCCUGCGACCUCCCUGCGCUGCGCUCGCUGUUGCUCAGUCAUGCCGGGAGGUAUGUGCGGUGUGGGGAGGGGGAGCUGUGGGGGAAAGGCGAAGGGCGGUGGGGGAAGGACGGGGAGGAGGAGGUGGGAAGAGGGCGAGGGAUGGGUGUGGUUGGGAAUGGGCUUCUCGCCCACUCCUGCCCCUCCAUCCGCCACCUCUGCGCUCUCCUGGGUGCUCCCUCUGUCGCCCUGCCAUCCCCGUCCCCGUCCCGCCCUGCGUCUGCCGGGGCUGCCGAGGCAGCAGCAGCAGCGGCCAUACGAGCAGGGGUAGCAGGCACUGCUGCAGCAGCAGGAGCAGGAGGAGGAGGGGGUAUGAGAGCAGGGGUUUCGUUAGGAGCAGGGGGAUCAUCCCUUAGUGCUGGGGCCACUAGACGGCCUGAAGGGGUGUCUCUUACUGUGCGCCUCCCCCGCCCCGCUCCCCCUCCCCCUCCCCCUCCCCCCCGCCUGGAGCCCAUUCGCCUGAGGCUCACCCCGGGGGGAGGGGCGGGGGGAAGCACUACCAGCACGGGCAGCGUGGGGGCAAAGGGCGGAGCGGGGAGCGUGGGGGGAGCAGGGGGAGGGGAAGCGCGGGAAGCAGGGGCGGCGGGUGUGGUGGGUGGGGUGGGUGCUGUGGGUGGUGUGGGUGGUGGUGGGGAGGCAGGGGGAGGAGGGUCACGGGGAGGGGUGGAGGAGGCGAGGGUGGGGAAAGUGAAGCUGAGGUUCAAAGCAGCAGCAUCCCCCUCUUCUGCUGCUAGUGCGGAAGCAGGUAGCAGUGGCGCUAUGGCAGGGGCAGGGGGGGAGGCGGGGCAUGCUCAGGGGGAGGGUGAGGAGGAGAGGAAGCAGAUGGUUGCAGGGAACGACAAGGAGAGGGGCGAAGGGGAUCAAGGAGUGGGGGAGAAGGGAGGUAGUGAGGGAAGGGGGGACGGUGCAAAAGCUGCGGAGAAGGAAAGCAAGGACGGGGGCGCGAGGAGCAGUGGUGGUGAGAUAGGUGGGGUUGGUGGUGCUGUUGGUGGCGGUGCACAUGGAGCGGAGGAGGGGAAGGGGGAGAGGGGCAGUCAAGGGACAAGGGAUAAUGAGGAGAAGCGAAGCAAGAAGAAGAGAGAGGAGGGGGAUCAUGGGCGGGCGGACAGGACGAGCAGUGGGACGCAAUCAAACGAGGAGAGCGACAAGGAGAAGGAUAAGGUCCGAUUCAGCAUGUGGAGGGGCAUGCGUACGCGGAUGGGCAUGGGCGUGAGGAUGGGCAUGGGCAUGAGGAUAGGCAUGGGCAUGAGGAUAGGCAUGGGCAUGAGGAUAGGCAUGGGCAUGAGGAUAGGCAUGGGCAUGAGGAUAGGCAUGGGCAUGAGGAUAGGCAUGGGCAUGAGGAUAGGCAUGGGCAUGAGGAUAGGCAUGGGCUUGGGCAUGAGCAUGGGCAUGAGUCACAGGAGCAAGACGGACACCCAGACCCAUCAUCCAGCCCCCAGCAGUCUCCACCCCAUCGCCAGCCACCAGCCGACGCGCUCCAUCCUCUCCGCCGCCUAUCUUGUAUCUGCUACAUGUGUAGCAGCCCGCGCAACGCUCCGCUCUAGCCUCUCCGCGAGCCUGAUUCCCUGCGCUGCUGCGCGCAGUGCGCGGAGUGGCGGAAUGGAUCCCAUGGCGUACGCGGACGAUCUCGUGCGCGAGCUGCUGGUUUUCCGCGGAUUCGCGCACACGCUAGCGGCCUUCGAGGCGGAACUUGCCGCGGACAAGCUGCAACCGCCCCAGGCGCAGCGCGUGGUGCAUCACAUCAUGCGCGAGGUCAUCCCCGCGCUGGACUGGCGCGCGCUCGCGCGCCUCUUCCUGGUGCUCCGCCAGCGCUUCCUGGCGCGCGCGGACGGCGCGAGCUGCGCGGCGCUGGAGGAGCUGGAGAUGGGCGUGCAGCGGCUGUUCAUGGUCACCGCGAUGCGCGCGGGCAGGCGCGCGGAGGUGGUGCGCGUGCUGGAGGACAUGGGGGAGAGCGUGCAGGCGCUGCUCAUGACCGCGCCCCAUGACUGGACGCUCUGGUUCGGGCCUGCCCUCCUGCCUUACCACACAGAGCACUCAUGCCAUGCUGCCGCACUGCCUGUGCUUGCCUGGCGCACACCUCCCAUUCACCCCUUCCUUUUCACCACUCCCUCUCACACCACAUCCUUUCACAUACCCCCCCGUCCCUCCGCCAAGCCCCCCUCCCUCCCUCACACCCCAUGCCCCUCUCUUCCCUCUCCCUCACCCCAUGCCGCUUCCCCAAUCCCCCAAACCAGCGGCGCCGUACAUGCGGCAUCCGGAGCAGCACCCGGCACUGGCGCGGCGCCGUACAUGCGGCAUCCGGAGCAGCAUCCAGUGCUGGCGGUGUAUUUCACCCCCGACGGCGCCAUACAUGAGGCAUCCGGAGCAGCACCCGGCUCGUCGAGGCCGCAGCAGCCGGCGCUGCUGCGCUUCUGUGAGGAGCAGAGGCGAGCGCACCACCUGCUGGCAACCAACGACCAUGCACAGCGCCAGAUCGCGCGCCUGCGCCUGCUGCUGCGCGCACGCGACAAAGACCUUUCCCUGCUCCGCCAGUCAGCCGCCCAACCCUCUCUCCCCUGGACUUCCCCUCUCCUUCUCGGACCCCUCCGCUCUUUCUUCCACCUCGCUCCCUCCCCUCUCCUCCGUCUCCGUCCCGUCUCGAUCCCCUCUCCCUUUCCUUUCCAUCCCCUUUCCGUUUCCUGCUGUCUAAAGCUCCAAACUUUGGCUCCGGAUGAAGACCCUCUCUUUCCCACUGCACCCUUCUCCACCUAUCUACACCACCACCCCUCCCAUGCCCCCUCCACCUCUGCCGCCCCUCCAACCCUCCACACGUCUCCUCCCCCUACAUUCCCCCCAUCACCGGUCCCUUUGCCUGUGCAAUCUCCCUUGUUGCCAGAAGCAACAGCAGCAGCAGCAUCAUUAUCAGCAGCAGCAGGAUGUGCAGCAGAGGGGGGGAGGGGAGAGGCAGGCAAGGAGCGAUCGGAGGCAAGGGGAGCAGGCGGGGACGUGGACGGUGGGAGGGAUAAAUGGGUGGGUGGGGAAGCUGGGGCGUGGGGGGGAACAGGAGAGUAUACAGCAGCAGGUGAGAAGGUAGGGCGUGGUGAGGCUCCUUCAGCUUUUCACACUCCUGCUCCUGCUUUUGACACUACAAGUGCUGCCGAUGCUACAGCUGCUGAUGCGGGUGCUAACACAGGGCAGCUUCCAACCCAUGGUGAUGGUGAUGCAACUGCCGCUCCUCCUGCUCAUACAACUGCUACCGCUGCGACAGCGGCUGUGGGGGGGACGGGCGUGGUGGGUAUGGUGGAGGGGUGGUUUGGGCGGAGGCAGGGGUGGGGGAAGGCCAAGAAUGGGGGUCCUGGGGCCCAGCAGCAGGGUAGCGCGGGCAUGGUGAGUGAUGCCAGUAGUUCCGCCAGCCAUGCUGCCUCAUCCGUUACUGCUCCACCGCUUCUCCCUGCAACUUCUGCUGCUGCUGUGGCGGCUGGAGCAGGGCCAGGGGUGGUCUGGGUGGGGGGGCUUGUGACGCAAGGCGCGGAGGCAGGUGAUAGGGCGGGGAUGGAGGCGGAGCGAGGGGUGCAAGCGGGGAGAGCGGAAGGUGGAACGGCUGGGGAAGGAGUGCGAGAGGACAGGGAAAGGCAUGGUGCAGUGGAAGGGAGGGGCGAGGCAGGUAGCAGGGCAUUACACUCUGAGAACGGUGUGAGUGGAAGGGAUGACGUGAGGGUAGGAGGGGUGGUGGAAGGACGAGGAGGGAAGAGGGGGCGAGGUGGGAGCGGCGGAGCUGCAUGGGAGAUGGCAGAAGCAAGGGAGGAGGAGGGACGCGCUGGUGACGGCAUGUUGCAUGCAGAGUCGCAGGUAGUUCCUGCUGUGAUGCAGUGUAUGCGGGCACAGGAGGUGUACGCAGCGCAUGCAGGGCCCAUCACCCGCUGCCGCUUCUCCCCUUCAGGCGCCAACAUCGCCAGCGCCUCUGCCGAUGGCAGUAUCAGAAUAUGGGAGCCGGAGAUUUCAGAGGGAGCAGCGGAGGGGCGGGGUGGGGCUGGCGUGGUGGUGCGGGGGCAGAGGGACGCGGCGAUCCUGGGGGAUGCUCCCGUGCAGGCCCUUGAGUGGGACGCCAAGUCCGACCGCCUGCUGCUGGCAGGGCUGGCAGACGGGCAUGUGAAGGUGUGGAACGCACACUCCAAGCACAUGCUCUCUGACGCCCCGCACCCACAGCCCUACACCAGGUACGCCCCGCACCCACAGCCCUACACCAGGUAUGCCCCGCACCCACAGCCCUACACCAGGUAUGCCCCGCACCCACAGCCCUACACCAGGUAUGCCCCGCACCCACAGCCCUACACCAGGUAUGCCCCGCACCCACAGCCCUACACCAGGUACGCCCCGCACCCACAGCCCUACACCAGGUAUGCCCCGCACCCACCGCCCUACACCAGGUAUGCCCCGCACCCACCGCCCUACACCAGGUAUGCCCCGCACCCACAGCCCUACACCAGGUACGCCCCGCACCCACCGCCCUACACCAGGUAUGCCCCGCACCCACAGCCCUACACCAGGUACGCCCCGCACCCACCGCCCUACACCAGGUACGCCCCGCACCCACAGCCCUACACCAGGUAUGCCCCGCACCCACCGCCCUACACCAGGUAUGCCCCGCACCCACCGCCCUACACCAGGUAUGCCCCGCACCCACAGCCCUACACCAGGUACGCCCCGCACCCACCGCCCUACACCAGGUACGCCCCGCACCCACCGCCCUACACCAGCAGUUGCCCCCCCUGUGUGUGUGCACGUGCUGCCUGCCCUGCAGACUGCUGGACAUUCGUUCCAGCCCAACAGAGCACCUCUUUGCAUGUGCUGCAGCAGCCUUCGACCACCAGCACCACUCUCCACCCCUCACAUCAUCUCUCCAACCCACUCCCCAGCGUGCGUAAUCGGCCCGUCAACCACUUCCCCCACCCACACCUUAUGGAUGCAUAUCUCUCUGGAGCCUCCGCACCAUGUCACUCCAGCCUCCGCACCAUGUCGCUCCAGGGCUAUCUGCCACUGGGAGAAUCGCCUCCACUCAUCACAUCCAUCUGCCUCAACCACAACGGAAGAAUGCUCGCUGCUGCUGCUGCUGACGGCACCCUCAGACUCUUUGACGUGAAUGCAGCAUCCCAGAUCGCAUGUUGGCCAGUCACCCUGCCAGGCACCUCCCCAUCAUCCUCCUCCUCCUCCUCCUCCGCGCACCCCCUCUCCCCCGCUGUCUGUGUGCGCUUCCUCUGGGACCACUCCUCGCUCUUCUCACUCUCCGCUUCAGGCCAGGUCAGUCCUCCGCUUCUCCCUCCUUCCACCCACCUCCUCACCACCUGCCUCCUCUCCCCUCCCCACCUCCGUGCCCCUGCAUCUCUCCACACCUGCCCCAUAGUCAAGUUCAUCGCUGUUCGCCUCCCUCGCUCUACUCUGGAGGAGUGCACCACUGUCUCCAUGCACACUCUCUGUGUCCUCUCCGCACCCAACAUGGCAGAUAACGGAGUGGAGUUUGCACCAGCAGGGCCAGCUGUUGCGCCACUUCGAUGCAUCCAGUUACUGCAUGCACCCACCGGGCAACACAGGGCCAGCCCCAUCCACCCAAGGCACACCCCAUAUCCCAUGCUCCCAUCUUCCUUCCCCUCUCCUCCCGGACACCCCUCCCCGUCCCCUCUCGUGCCCUCCAUGCAGCUGCGUCUCUCCCACCCAGUAUGGCACGAAGCGGCCACACAUGCAGCGCCCGUCACCACAGUCGACUGGCACCCCACAGCACACGCCUUUGCCUCUGGCUCCGCAGAUCACACUGUACGGGUCGUCUCACUCUCAUGA